AUGACCCCCAAGCCCUUCAGCCCAGAAGAAAUCCAGAGGAUCCUGGGAUCUCUCCAGAGGCCUGCCGUCUUCCUCAACAUUACAUGUGAUUGGCCAGUGCUCCUCUGGACUGUAGACCACCUGUCACGAUGCCUUGGAGGGAAGGCUGUCCGGUUCAGAAUGGGAAGGAGACAGCAUGAAAAGAAGAGUAAGACAACGGCCCAGUGCAGAAACUCCAAGCCCUACCCCCUAGGCACUUCCUGUAGCCCUUACCCCCUAGGCACUUCCUGUAGCCCCUACCCCCUAGGCACAUCAUGUAGCCCCUACCCCCUAGGCACAUCAUGUAGCCCCUACCCCCUAGGUACUUCAUGUAACCCCUACCCCCUAGGCACUUCAUGUAACCCCUACCCCCUAGGCCAGGGUUCUUCAAUUCCGGUCCUGGAGGGCCGAAACACUUCUGUUUUUUAUUUCUACCUGGUAGUUAAUUGCACUCACCUGGUGUCCCAGGUCUGAAUUAGCCCCUGAUUAGAAGGAGAGGAUGAAAAACAGAGGUGUUUCGGCCCUCCAGGACCGGAAUUGAAGAACCCUGCCCUAGGCACUUCAUGUAGCCCCUACCCCCUAGGUACUUCAUGUAGCCCCUACCCCCUAGGCACUUCAUGUAGCCCCUACCUCCUAGGCACUUCAUGUAGCCCCUACCCCCUAGGUACUUCAUGUAGCCCCUACCCCCUAGGCACUUCAUGUAACCCCUACCUCCUAGGUACUUCAUGUAGCCCCUACCCCCUAGGCACUUCAUGUAACCCCUACCUCCUAGGUACUUCAUGUAGCCCCUACCCCCUAGGCACUUCAUGUAACCCCUACCUCCUAGGUACUUCAUGUAGCCCCUACCCCCUAGGCACUUCAUGUAGCCCCUACCCCCUAAGCACUUAAUGUAGCCCCUACCUCCUAGGCACUUCAUGUAACCCCUACCUCCUAGGUACUUCAUGUAGCCCCUACCCCCUAGGCACUUCAUGUAGCCCCUACCCCCUAGGCACUUCAUGUAGCCCCUACCCCCUAGGCACUUCAUGUAGCCCCUACCCCCUAAGCACUUAAUGUAGCCCCUACUUCCUAGGUACUUCCUGUAGCCCCUACCCCCUAGGCACUUCAUGUAGCCCCUACCCCCUAGGCACUUCAUGUAGCCCCUACCCCCUAGGCACUUCAUGUAGCCCCUACCCCCUAAGCACUUAAUGUAGCCCCUACUUCCUAGGUACUUCCUGUAGCCUCUACCCCCUAGGUACUUCAUGUAGCCCCUACCCCCUAGGUACUUCAUGUAGCCCCUACCCCCUAGGCACUUCAUGUAGCCCCUACCCCCUAGGCACUUCAUGUAGCCCCUACCCCCUAAGCACUUAAUGUAGCCCCUACUUCCUAGGUACUUCCUGUAGCCUCUACCCCCUAGGUACUUCAUGUAGCCCCUACCCCCUAGGCACUUCAUGUAACCCCUACCUCCUAGGCACUUCCUUUAGCUUCUCCCUCCUAGGCACUUCCUUUAGCUCCUACCCCCUAGGCACUCAUGUAUCCGAAAGCGUUGAAUAGGUAUCAGCAGUGACAGGUUUGCUGGUUAGGUGGGAUUUUUUUUUAACCUAUCCAAUCUUUUCAGGGGCUGUAUUCAGACCCCUUGACUUCUUCCACAUUUUGUUACGUUACAGCCUUAUUCUAAAAUGGAUUAAAUAGUUUCCCCCCCGCCCCCUCAUUAAUCUACACACAAUACCCCAUAAUGACAAAGCAAAAACACGUUUUUAGAAAUGUUACCAAAUGUAUUAAAUAUAAAGAAACGGAAAUAUCACAUUUACAUAAGUACUCAGACCCUUUACUCAGUACGUUGUUGAAGCACCAUUGGCUGUAAUUACAGCCUCAAGUCUUCUUGGGUAUGACGCUACAAGCUUGGCACACCUGUAUUUGGGGAGUUUCUCCCAUUCUUCUCUGCAGAUCCUCUCAAGCUCUGUCAGGUUGGAUGGGGAACGUCACUGCACAGCUAUUUUCAGGUCUCUCCAGAGAUGUUCGAACGUGUUCAAGUCCGGGCUCUGGCUGGGCCACUCAAGGAUAUUCAGAGACUUGUCCCAAAGCCACUCCUGCGUUGUUUUGGCUGUGUACUUAGGGUCGUUGUCCUGUUGGAAGGUGAACCUUUGCCCAGUUUGAGGUCCUGAGCAGUCUGGAGCAGGUUUUCAUCAAGGAUCUCUCUGUACUUUGCUUCAUUCAUCUUUCCCUCGAUCCUGACUAGUCUCCCUGUCCCUGCUGCUGAAAAACAUCCCCACAGCAUGAUGCUGCCACCCCCAUGCUUCACCGUAGGGAUGGUGCCAUGUUUCUUCCAGACACGAAGCUUGGCAUUCAGGCCAAAGAGUUCAAUCUUGGUUUUAUCAGACCAGAGAAUCUUGUUUCUCAUGGUCUGUGAGUCCUUUAGAUGCCUUUUCGUAAACUCCAAGCAGGCUGUCAUGUGCCCUUUACUGAGGCGUGGCUUCCGUCUGGCCACUCUACCGUAAAGGCCUGAUUGGCGGAGUGCUGCAGAGAUGGUUUUCCUUCUGGAAGGUUCUCCCAUCUCCACAGAGAACUCUUGAGCUCUGUCAGAGUGACCAUCAGGUUCUUGGUCACCUCCCUGACCAAGUCCCUUCUCCCCCGAUUGCUCAGUUUGGCCUGGCGGCCAGCUCUAGGAAGAGUCUUGGUGGUUCCAAACUUCUUCCAUUUUAAGAAUGAUGGAGGCCACUGUGUUCUUGGGGACCUUCAAUGCUGCAAAAAAAAAUUGGUAGCCUUCCCCAGAUCUGUGCCUCGACACAAUCCUGUCUCGGAGCUCUACGGACAAUUCCUUCGACCUCAUGGCUUGGUUUUUGCUCUGACAUGCACUGUCAACUGUUGGACCUUAUAUAGACAGGUAUGUGCCUUUCCAAAUCAUGUCCAAUCAAUUGAAUUUACCACAGGUGGACUCCAAUCAAGUUGUAGAAACAUCUGAAGGAUUAUCAAUGGAAACAGGAUGCACCUGAGCUCAAUUUCGAGUCUCAUAGCAAAGGGUCUGAAUACUUACGUAAAUAAGGUAUUUCUGUUUUUUAUUUUAAAUAAAUUUGCGACAAUUUCCACAGACCUGUUUUCACUUUGUCAUUAUGGGGUAUUGUGUGUAGACUGAUGAGUGGAAACAAAUAUUUAAUCCGUUUUAGAAACAGGCUUUAACGUAACGAAAUGUGGAAAAAGUGAAGAGGUCUGAAUACUUUCCGAAUGCACUGUAUGUACUGUGGGGUCUGAAAUUAUUGACACCCUUGAUAAAGAUCAGCAAUAAUGACUGUAUAAAAUAAAUAAUUAAAAUACUGGGCUUUAUUGUAUGCUUCCAAAAAGUUGGGAAUUAUAUUAUUUAUACUAAUACAUUUGUUCAGAGAAAGAGAUUUUGUUUAACAAGUAGUACUUUUUUUAUCUCGAAAAGGUAGGGUUCAAAAUGAUUGCCACCCCUAAAGAUUCUUAUAAAUAAAGUAGUCAAAAUGUUAGUAUUUGAUCCUAUAUUCCUAGCAUGCAGUGAUUACAUCAAGCUUGUGACUCUACAAACUUGUUGGAUGCAUUUGCUGUUCGUUUUGAUUGUGUUUCAGAGUACUUUACAUCACCUCAGCCACAGUCUCUGCAGUGCACUAAAACUUUAGGCAUUGUCGUGAAGAUAUUCUACUCCACCAGUCUUCAUAAUUGAAGUGCGGUCAGCCAUUGAGCACUUUGCUAUGCAUCCCGCAUGGCUAGGUUGUUGUUAAUAUUUCUCCUUGAUAAGUUGCCUCUUUGGCACCAAAGACCUUGUUGUUUACUGUUGUAUUUACUGAAUAAUUUAUGUUCAUAAAGUUAAAGAAAAUAUGUGAGAAAGCUGCAACUGUAAGCCUAUGUUUAGUUUAGUUCUGCUUUGGUGAUGGUAUACUGUGCCUUCCCAAUGUUCUCAAGUCAUUGUUAAUGGCCUAUUAGUCAUUGUUCAGCUGCAGAACAGUCGACCUCAAGCUUCCUCCAGUCGUCCCUGGCAAGGUUUUCAGUUGGAUAUGGUCUUAAAUAAAGCUCCAUAAAAGUUGCUUUGUACAUUUGGUAGCAUAAAUAUUGCCCUUGGUCUGCCAGCCUUCAGUAGCCUAUGUCAAAGAGAGAUCAUUCAUUUCACGGGCAACAAUAGAGACUGCGUCCUCCAAUAAUAUGGAGCUGGGUAAUUUGACUGCUAAAUCAAUUUUUACAGCUACAUCAUUUGUGACAACAGCAGACAGAAGGUGUAAUUUAACAUGGUUGAUUAUACAUUUUAGUACCGCCACGUGGUACUGACACAUUGUUCAACCAGACUAAAUCAAAUUGAGACGCCAAUAGAGAAUAGGCACAGAUGAUUGAAGUCAGGGUGUAAAUAAAAUCUCAAGCCAUUAUAAUGGUCUUUUGAUUAAACAUUUUGUUUAGACAUGGAAUUUAUUGAUUUGACUAUUACAUGUUUUAAUAGCUUUAUUGAAGCACAAUACAUUUUAUCAUGAUGAUUGUCUCUCUCUCCUGUCUGUCUCUCAUUGUCUCCUCUCUCUCACUCUCUAUGGCUUUCUCUCUCUCUCCAACUGUCCCUCUAUCUUUGUUUAUGUCAAAGCACCUCUUUUUGAGACUCAGUGCUCAUAUGUGGAGGCCAGACUGGAGGAGUUUCAGUCCUGGACAGAGGGGCAGACUGGUGCAGAAGAUGUGGGGUGUUUCUCUAACUACCCCCUCUCACUGUACUGGGCCUAUGCAGACUACAAAUACAUCGCACUGCUGCUCCAAGAAAAGCCCUCCAUGUUUGAGGUAAUGCACUCUCUGUUUCAGACACACACACACACACACACACACACACUUCAAUCAAUCUCAUGAUGCUACACAGUGCACCUCUAUCCUAUAAUCAAGGAAACAAAAAAAAACAUACUAAAUAAUUAUAUUUUCAUCAGAUUGCAGGUUGUCAUCCUGCAAUUUGUCUGUGCCUGUGAUUUCUUACAUUGAAUUGUAAGGCAUUUGUUCUCAAUCACUUGUUUUCCGAUUGUCAUGAAUGAUGACUAACUUUGAGGGCAACUGAGGAGAGGACUGUUUAGCGCUAGACAGAUUCAGGCCAUGGGGCUAGUUCUAUGGAGUGUUCACCUGGCUCUGCCACCGCUCUGCUGAAUUAAAGCCAUUGUUUUUAACACAUGGGCUGCUCUGUUCUGUUCAAAGCACUGACACACCUAUGGGUCAGUCAGUUCAGGUCAGGAGAUGUAUUUUUUUUCAAGUACUAGAAUAAUGGAUGAUUAUCAAGUAAUGACUUGAAUUUUUAAUUGAUCGAUAGACUGAUCUAAAAUGAAAUUGACUCCCACACCCUGACAAUAGAAUACACAAUUGUAAAUCUCAAACAGAUGGGUGAACGUCAUCUUUAAUGAAUUCCUUUGCCCCAUCAGCAAAACAGAAGCUAACUGAGCCUAAAGCAGACAUUUUCUCUCUCUUUUAUUAUGAUAUCCUUUCGUGACGGGACAGACAUUUUCAGUGGGACUUUUCAAUGGCAGCAGCUCUUUUCUUUUUGGUCCUCAGGCACUAAAGGACUUGAAAGUCCACUCUAGUUCGAGCGGGCCACUCCAUUCUUUCAUUUAUCUUGAAUGAUAAUAGAUGCAUAUGGGGUGACCUGCAUUUAUGACAGAUCUGCUGAAAUUCAUGCCUUCGAGACAGGCAGGCAGAGGCCUUUUUACAUGAUGAAUAGUGCCAUUUAAAAGUUGCUGAAAGUGAAGAUUGCACAGUCUAUCAUUUACAGUCGCCUGAAUAUGGUAAUGGAUUCAUUAUCCUGGGUGCUGGGCAGAAUCCCAGAGUUUUUUUUUUUUUUUACCUCCGCUUUUUAAUAGGAAAUGAUUGACAGACCAAAUGGUUUGAUAAAGAGCCUACAGACAACAAACGUCUUGUUUCCUAUACAGUAGUGUUUGUCCCAAAUGGCACCCUAUUCCAAUAUAGUGCACUACUUUUGACCAGGGCACAUAUGGGUCUGCCAUUUGCCAUUUGAGACACAACCUUUGUUGCCAAUCAUUACACUGUCUAUUAAGCAACCGAUGAGAUGGAGAAUGAGGUUUGCAUUUUCACCUGUGUCUUGUGAUAAUGGAGGUUUGCCUCAGGAGGAUGUAUUGCUGCUAUACCAUAAUAUUGAAACUGCUCAUGGCAGUUUGUUAUAUUUGAAUGGUUUGUCAUAUUUGUAUCAUGAAUAUGAAUUGUGUUGUAUACAAUUACAGAUAUAUAAAUGUUAGAUGAGAUGAUUUAAAUAGAUGACAGCAGGAAUUGAUAUGAGAGAUUGUAGCAACUGCAUGAAUAUAUGUUUUAUGAUUGGUAAUUACAGUGUUAGUAAUUGGAACUGUAUUGUGUGCCUUACAGGACGUAGUGUGGUCUCAGUUUGGGUUCCCGGGUCGUAACGGGAGAGACAGCACACUGUGGAUUGGAACAGAAGGUGCCAAUACUCCGUGCCACCUGGAUUCCUAUGGGUAUAACCUGGUACUACAGGUGCAGGGAAGGUAAUUAUACAGAGCUGUAGUGCAAAGCGGGGGGAAAACACAGUGAAACAGAGCGGGACUACCUGGACUUGUCCAAUAAGAAGCGCUUGCUUUAGUUUCCUGUUGCAAAUUGUUUUGCUCCGAUGACUCCUUAUGAACACAACCCAGUUUUACAUACCUCACAAUACCACACACUGCUUUUCCCUUUCCGCUGAGCUGCAAGUAGUAGUGGUGCAGACGAUGGAUGUUUCCCCUUCACCAACGGAAUUGCACUAUAGAUUAAAAUGAAACAAUCUAGCAGCAUUAUAGGUGAGAAUAAAAAAGUGCUGGAGGCAGACAAUAGAUACAGCAAAUCAGCACAAUGAGAACUGGGUUUGUACGGUAAUGAUCUACCCACCAUUCAUCCCUCUAACUCUGAGGAAAGAGGAUAUAAAAAUCUAUUUUGGAUGAUAGAGAGGUGGCGCUUUUUAUUUCCUAGGAGGGGAGGGGGUGAGAGAGGUAGGGGAGGGGGUGAGAGAGGUAGGGGAGGGGGUGAGAGUCAGGGGAGGGGGGUGAGAGUCAGGGGAGGGGGUAAGGUAGUGAAAGGGGGGGAUGGGGCUAGGGAGGAGGGGAAAAGGGUGAGAGUCAGGGGAGGGGGUAAGGUAGUGAAAGGGGGGGAUUGGGGCUAGGGAGGUAGGGGGUGGGGUGGAAGUCACUUGGGGACAGAGUCAGAUUGUUCCGCAGGCCCCUGAAAGAUAAAGUAAUUUUGCUUUGGCAAUGUAAACAUAUUUCCCAUGCCAAUAAAACCAUUUGGAGGGUGGGGGGAGGGAGAUGGGGGGUAUAUGAGGUGAGGCUCUUUAGAAUAGAGAGACAUUAGUUCUCAUGUGGAGCACUGAGUCUACGACAAAAGCUUAAAAGAUCCUUUCGAAUGUUAUCUCUUCACUGCUUUCACAUAUGAAGAUCACUCUAUUCUUGUUUUGUUUAAAUUGGCUGUUGAAACCUUUCACAUUGAGGUAAUGACCUAACCAACAAAGAACUCACAUGACAUGAUAUUUUCAAUAAAGAGAUGGAUUUUAUUGAACUAUAGCUUCUUACAUUUCCUCAACUACGUAGGGUAUAACCAUUGUGGUGGCUUCAGUGAUGAUGGCUGUCCCUUUCAAAUAAAUAUUCAUUCAUUAUGAAUCUAAACUGAUCCUAGAUCCUACAUGACCUGAUCCUAGAGACACUUAGUUAAUACAGUCCCUGUUGUGUUUUAGGAAGCGUUGGCACCUGUUCCCCCCUGCAGACACGGGUUGUCUGUACCCCAGCAGGAUCCCCUAUGAGGAGUCUAGUGUGUUCAGCCAGGUGGACGUGCUCCAACCAGACCUCCAGAGGUUCCCUGCCUUCAGACACGCCAGGGCCUACACAGUCACGCUGCAGCCUGGACAGGUACAGCACAUUGGACCAGUUUUCCGGACAUAGAUUAAGCCUAAUCUGGACAAAAAAAACUAGUUCAAUGGAGAUUCUCCCUUGAGCAUGCUUUUUAGUCUAGGACUAGACUGUUUCCAGGAAACCAGCACAACAGGGGCAACAUAUGGAACUGUCUCUACAAGUAUAUUAAAGAGAAUCCACUCAGCAAACACAGCUGUUUGUACAAACUGACACUGUGAAAGUGCUAAUCUCUUAAUUUAUGAGAAAAUGUUUCCUCAGAGACAAAUGUGUUUGAACCACAGAAAUAAAAUCGAGCACGUGUGUCUCUAUGGUUUGGUCAAAAGCAUGAGCUGAUGGACACCCCAAAAUGUUUGUAGAGAUGCUUACUAACGGAGAGUGAAUUGUAUAAAAAUUAAGAAAGAAAGUUGCACACGCUAUACAGUACACUACAUGACCAAAAGUAUGUGGACACCUGCUUGUCGAACAUCUCAUUCCAAAAUCAUGGGCAUUAAUAUGGAGUUGGUCCCCCCUUUGCUGCUAUAACAGCCUCCACUCUUCUGGGAAGGCUUUCCACUAGAUGUUGGAAUAUUGCUGCGGGGACAUUCUUCCAUUCAGGCACAUAAGAGCAUUAGUGAGGUCGGCCACUGAUGUUGGGCGAUUAGGCCUGGCUCGCAGUUGGCAUUCCAAUUCAUCCCAAAGGUGUUUGAUUGGGUUGAGGUCAGGGCUCUGUGCAGGCCAGUCAAGUUCUUCCACACCGAUCUCGACAAACCAUUUCUGUAUGGACUUCGCUUUGUGCACGGGUGCAUUGUCAUGCUGAAACAGGAAAUGGCCUUCCCCAAACUGUUGCCACAAAGUUGGAAGCACAGAAUUGUCUAGAAUGUCAUUGUAUGCUGUAGCGUUGAUUUCCCUUCACUGGAACUAAGGGGCCUAGCCCGAACCAUGAAAAACAGCCCCAGACCAUUAUUCCUCCUCCACCAAACUUUACAGUUGUCACUAUGUUUUCGGGCAGGUUACGUUCUCCUGGUAUCCGCCAAACCCAGAUUCGUCCGUCGGACUGCCAGAUGGUUAAGCGUGAUUCAUCACUCCAGAGAACGCGUUUCCACUGCUCCAGAGUCCAAUGGCGGCACUUCAGCACUCAGCGGUCCCGUUCUGUGAGCUUGUGUGGCCUACCACUUCACAGCUGAGCCGUUGUUGCUCCUAGACGUUUCCACUUCACAAUAGCAGCAUUUACAGUUGACCGGGGCAGCUGUAGCAGGGCAGAAAUGUUACGAACUGACUUGUUGGAAAGGUGGCAUCCUAUGACGGUGCCACGUUGAAAGUCACUGAGCUCUUCAGUAAGGCCAUUCUACUGCCAAUGUUUGUCUAUGGAGAUUGCAUGGUUGUAUGAUAUAUUUUAUACACCUGUCAGCAAUGGGUGUGGCUGAAAUAGCCGAAUCCACUAAUUUGAAGGGGUGUCCACAUACUUUUGUACAUACUAUAUAGUGUACUAUCUCUGAUAACAUAGUCCUCCUGCAGAAUCCGUAUGAUGUUAGAGUUAUGUGCAUCUACCAUCAGAAAGCAAACAUAGUGGGGGCUGUUCACUUGGUUUAUAAUCUGAUCUACUGUGGAUGAGAAAUCGGAAUGGGAUAUCCUGCACAACUGUCCCAUAGGUGUUUUAUAGUUAGGAUUUUUUGCUUUUUAAGACUGUCCAUUUACCCCCUAGAAUCAUAAAGACACUUAGCAAUAUUUCACCUGUCAACUUAGAUUAACUACUGCCAAUGGAACACAGUGUUUUCCAAGUCACACAUUGAUACAUCUGUUUGGCAUCAGAUAUUGGUAAGUCUGUCUUGGCAUCAGAUAUUGAUAAGUCUGUCUUGGCAUCAGAUAUUGAUAAGUCUGUCUUGGCAUCAGAUAGAAGUCUGUCUGUGCAAAUGAAACAAAGCAUGCAGCAGUCAGAGCUUUCCAGACUGAAUGAAGUAAGACUGCAGUGGAACCAGGGGAUCAAUAAGGGCUGUUCACUUUAAUAAAGACCAAAUCCACAUUAUGAAUGAGACAGAAGCACUUCCGAGGGAGGGAGGGAGGGAGGACACAAGCUGCCAUCUAGUAGCUAGUCUCCCCCACUGUGUUGAACUAGGUGGCGUUCAGUAUGAAAAAACGGUGUGCAUCCUUGAAUUAAACGGAAACGGUCUGUUCUGAAUGACCAAUUGAAAAACGGGGUUGGGUUGGGUUGUGGGUAAGGAAACGCUGUCAACAUGGCCGCUGCCCUUUUAAUUUGUCACUCAUUGCUUCAAGCCACACCCCGCCACACCCAUUAAACGUACCUCAAAGUCUGUUCAAGAACGUUUUGGGGAAAUGUGUCGUUCAGUACAAACCGUCAUGCAAUGUAGCAAACGUUUAAUCGAACUGAUCAGUCCUUGACUCCUUCAGCUCUACUACUUAUUGACUGGCUAUGCUCUGCUCUCCUGUCCCCUGGACUAUGAGCUGUGCUGCUAGCAGACAUUUCCAGAUAUUUUGGACUCCUUCUGAGCUCCUAUUCUGUAAUAUGUUCCUUAUCCGUAUUCCUACUGAUCACCUUGCAUUUCUUCUGAUGCCAUCUGACCCUGUUGCCCUCUUGCUCCAAUAGGUGCUGUUUGUCCCCAGACACUGGUGGCACUACGUGGAGUCUAUUGACCCCGUCACCGUCAGUGUCAACUCCUGGAUUGAGUUGGUACGUACAGUAAAGUCACCUCCAACUAAAUGGUGUUAAGUAUGUUUAUGGGGAAAUUGGACGUUUGAGAGGAGGGCCAUAAUUACAGUACAGCUUGAUGAAGAGUUUCCCACCACUAGCUACCACUACCGCCCAUAGGGCCCUGGUCAAACUUAGUGCACUAUAUAGGGAAUAGGGUGUUAUUUGGGACGCAACCACAGUGAUGGAUGUGAGGGGUGUUGAGGCUCCCUGAUGCUGUGGGUUUUUGAGUAAUGAACAGGCAUCAGAGUAAAGAUACCCCUGUCAUAAUGAUUUGUGAGUUUGCAUGUAGAGGAGUGGUGCGCUGCAUAACACAUUCACAUACAGGUAACUGCCAAAAUAAUGGAAACCCUCGAGUAAAUGAGAGGAAAAUAGUAUAUUGAAAGCAGGUGCUUUCACACAGGUGUGGUUCCUGAGUUAAUUAAGCAUUAACAUCCCAUCAUGUUUAGGGUCAUGUAUAAAAAUGCUGGGCAGGCCAUUAUUUUGGCUACCAUGGCUAUGGCCCCAUAGGAUGACAAUGUCCCCAUUCACAGGACACGAGUGGUCACUGAAUGGUUUGAUGAGCAUGAAAACAAUGCAAACCAUAUUCCACACUUAUGAUUCUGGAGCGGCGCCUGAGACAUUUUCUACCACCAUCAACAAAACAAUGAUGGUGUUUCUUGCGGAAGAAUGGUGUCGCAUCCCUCCAAUAGAGUUCCAGACACUAUUCUGAAUCUAUGCGAAGGUGCAUGGAAGCUGUUCUGGCGGCUCGUGGUGGCCCAACACCCUAUUAAGAAACUUUAUGUUGGUGUUUCCUUUAUUUAGGAAGUUACCUGUAUCUAGAUGAGAGGAGUGUGUAUUCAGGUAGUGUGUCACCUUCAAUGCCUCCUGAUAACUGGCUCUGAGACAAGGUCACAGACGCAAUCAAUUACGCCUGCUGCACAUAAUGUCUUUAUCAGCGACUUCUUUCCCUUGAUAGGAGUUUUUCUUUCUACUUCCUGAUCUGAUACAGGAAGUUGAUGAUGAGGCGAGAGUAGGCGAGGCCCUCACCAAAGCCAUUGUCUGUGCUCUGAAGACGACACCUAGUGACGACAAUGAUGAUGACUGGCUCAAUCCCACUGAGGUACAGUAUCCUGACACUAGCCUGAGUCCUAGAUCUGUUUGUGCUGUCUUGCCAAUUGUCAUUGACAAUGACCAUAGGAGUUGGCAAGACAGCAUAAACAGAUCUUGGACCAAGCUAUCUUGACCCUGACUUACCCUCUUCACACUCUGACUAAAAAUUGGCAGUUCAGGUAGCACUGCCACAUCGAACCCCCUGUACCGCGCAGAAUCUGAUGGCACAUUUGCCAUGCACACUCAGGAUCAUUCUCAGCGCAGUCCAACCAUUUUGUUCUCCUUAUAAGAGCACAGAUCAGAGGGAGGAACUUGUCCCGGUGGACUGAGGUCCAGGGAAAGACAAAGUCCCAGGAAUGCAGCAUAGAACAACAGAGAGGAGAUGACUGAAUUCCAACCCCCCCCCCCCCAUAUUGACCAAUCUGUCUAGCUCCAGUUAGCAUUUGAGUUGUUGACUGGUCUUGUGCUAGAGAAUACCUAGCCUAAAACCUGCCUUUUUAGUUAAGAAAUGAAAAGCUCCACAGAGACUACAAAACAGAGCAUUGCGUGUGUGAGACUAGUUAGGAGACAGAGUCCCUGUAAACACACAGUACUGACCAUGGUCCCUGAGGUAUGUCAACCCUCAGUAAAGCGGAUAGUGCCGAAACAUUGGUUCUUUUCAUAAAACGGUUGGGAGUAUAAUUUCAACUUUUUUAUUUUUCCGAAGGUGGGGUUGGUGGGACAUGAUGAGAACAUGCAGUACCUGAACCUGGCUGUGGGGGCCUGCAUGGAGAAGAGGGGGACUACAAGUCACCGUGACCAACAGACCCAGGACACCCCAGCAUGUCCAGGGGCCAAGCGUGACUCCAGGGGCCAAGCUAAGAACACCAGCUCUUCAUCACGACCAGCAAAGGGUUCUUCCUCCUCGUCAUCCUCAUCUUCCACACCAUCCACCGUGCCCUUCGGCCCUCACCUCAUCCCUGUGACCUGGAACCAGAUCACCAAACAGGAAACUACAGAGCAGAACCCCAAAGACCAAGACGGACCAUCCCCAUCCAGAGACUGUGACAUAAUCAGGCCUAUCAGCGUAACACAAAGCACCCCACUCAAACCGGUCAGUGGGAGUAGAGCCCAGCACCAGCAUGGAGGGGAAGGCAUAUCCAGCUCCAGUUCAGCCUCAGACCCCCAAGUGUUACCACAGCCAGGGUGCAGAGAUCGAGGAAGGCCAUCACCUGGGGACAGAGACCAGGGUGAAGGUGACAGAGCACACUGCCUCGUAUCCAUCACCACCAACGACCUACUGCAGUGCCUGGUUCACCCUGAGGUCAUCGCUAGGGUCACUGAGCUACUGAUGGAGAGACAGAGUCAGGUCAGGCACAGCCACAGCCACAACACCAUAGCUUCAUAGUCUACAUUCCAAUGCUCAUACUAGCAUGCUACUUAGAUUGAAUGCCACAAUACAUUGCUUCAUUCUAAGUGGUAAGCUAGUAUGGAUAUUGCAGCAGAGCCUAACAAGUAGAUUGUAAGUUCCCUCAAUUGUUAAAAAUGGGGAAAGGAGUCAUCAAUAGGUCUAUAGAGUUUAACAGGGUUCAGUUGACUUUAGCAGCUGGGGUAGUCAAGGUACAGUAGAUCAUGGUGUUAAUACCUCUGACAGUCGCUCUUAUUUCCCCUAAUACUGCUGAGUCUCUCUGGUUACGUCCCAAAUGGCACCUUGUUCUCUAUAUAGUGUACUACUUUGACCAGAACGGCUUGAUGAUGAGGCGGGAGUAGAGCGGUCCUGGUCUAAAGUAGUGCACUAUAUAGGGAAUAGGUUGCCAUUUGGGACACAAGCCUCUGUGGAGUUAGCAGUGAUUCAGAAACCACUGAAUGAACGGCCGUGCUCUGCAGGUCCCACAUGGGAAAUCCUGCCUGGCUGAUAGUUAUUCCACAGUGUCGGAGAAGGGAAAACAGAAAGAGGUGGGGCUUCACACUUUUCUAUAUUUUCUAACCCUCCUGCGUCUUCUUUUUCUACCCCCAUCUACACUGAGUGUACAGAACAUUAUGAACACCUGCUCUUUCCAUGACAUGGACUAUCCAGGUGAAAGCUAUGAUCCCCUUUUUGAUGUCACCUUGUUAAAUCCACUUCAAUCAGUGUAGAUGAAGGUUAAAGAAGGAUUUAUAUAUGAAUGGAUUCUAACUCUGUAUACAAAACUGUAUUGUCAUAGGGAGUUGAAGUCCUGAGUAACAGCGAUGCAUUUAGAAAACAUUCCAUACCCAGUCAAAUGCAUUCCUGACAUUUUGAUGUGGUCUGUCAUAAUGAAAUCUGAAAUUCUAACUCUGCACUGAUAUAUGUAUAUAUUGCUCCUCCAUAUACACAUUCUCUCAGUCCUUGUGUAAUGAUUGUACAGUGAGAUCAUUGGAAGAUUUCUAUACACGCCAAGCCAAUAGCGCUCCAAAAUAGCACUUCAAAUUCAACUUUGUAUAAUCCUUGUAAUAAUAACAGUGAUAGCUAGUAUUUCUCAGAUGGCGGCUACAUUUUCUGCCUUCCAUUCCCCAGCUGGUAGAUUAUGUUUGCGUCCCAAAUAGCACCCUAUUCUAUAUUUAGUGCACUCCUUUUUAGUACUUUUUAGUAUUUUAUUAGGAUCACCAAUUAGCUGCUGCCAACCUGGAGCUACUCUUCCAGCGGCUACUCUUCCACUAUAGACCAGGGCUCUGGUCUAAAGUGGUGCACUACAGUGAGGGAAAAAAGUAUUUGAUCCCCUGCUGAUUUUUGUACGUUUGCCCACUGACAAAGACAUGAUCAGUCUAUAAUUUUAAUGGUAGGUUUAUUUGAACAGUGAGAGACAGAAUAACAACAAAAAUUCCAGAAAAACACAUGUCAAAAAUGUUAUAAAUUGAUUUGCAUUUUAAUGAGGGAAAUAAAUAUUUGACCCCUCUGCAAAACUUGACUUAGUACUUGGUGGCAAAACCCUUGUUGGCAAUCAGAGGUCAGACGUUUCUUGUAGUUGGCCACCAGGUUUGCACACAUCUCAGGAGGGAUUUUGUUCCACUCCUCUUUGCAGAUCUUCUCCAAGUCAUUAAGGUUUCGAGUCUGACGUUUGGCAACUCGAACCUUCAGCUUCCUCCACAGAUGUUCUAUGGGAUUAAGGUCUGGAGACUGGCUGGGCCACUCCAGGACCUUAAUGUGCUUCUUCUUGAGCCACUCCUUUGUUGCCUUGGCCGUGUGUUUUGGGUCAUUGUCAUGCUGGAAUACCCAUCCACGACCCAUUUUCAAUGCCCUGGCUGAGGGAAGGAGGUUCUCACCCAAGAUUUGACGGUACAUGGCCCCAUCCAUCGUCCCUUUGAUGCGGUGAAGUUGUCCUGUCCCCUUAGCAGAAAAACACCCCCAAAGCAUAAUGUUUCCACCUCCAUGUUUGACGGUGGGGAUGGUGUUCUUGGGGUCAUAGGCAGCAUUCCUCCUCCUCCAAACACGGCGAGUUGAGUUGAUGCCAAAGAGCUCGAUUUUGGUCUCAUCUGACCACAACACUUUCACCCAGUUCUCCUCUGAAUCAUUCAGAUGUUCAUUGGCAAACUUCAGACGGCCCUGUAUAUGUGCUUUCUUGAGCAGGGGGACCUUGCGGGCGCUGCAUGAUUUCAGUCCUUCACUGCGUAGUGUGUUACCAAUUGUUUUCUUGGUGACUAUGGUCCCAGCUGCCUUGAUCAUUGACAAGAUCCUCCCGUGUAGUUCUGGGCUGAUUCCUCACCGUUCUCAUGAUCAUUGCAACUCCACGAGGUGAGAUCUUGCAUGGAGCCCCAGGCCGGGGGAGAUUGACAGUUAUUUUGUUUUUCUUCCAUUUGCGAAUAAUCGCACCAACUGUUGUCACCUUCUCACCAAGCUGCUUAGCGAUGGUUUUGUAGCACAUUCCAGCUUUGUGUAGGUCUACAAUCUUGUCCCUGACAUCCUUGGAGAGCUCUUUGGUCUUGGCCAUGGUGGAGAGUUUGGAAUGUGAUUGAUUGAUUGCUUCUGUGGACAGGUGUCUUUUAAACAGGUAACAAACUGAGAUUAGGAGCAGUCCCUUUAAGAGUGUGCUCCUAAUCUCAGCUCGUUACCUGUAUAAAAGACACCUGGGAGCCAGAAAUCUUUCUGAUUGAGAGGGGGUCAAAUACUUAUUUCCCUCAUUAAAAUGCAAAUCAAUUUAUAACAUUUUUUACAUGCGUUUUUCUGGAUUUUUUUGUUGUUAUUCUGUCUCUCACUGUUCAAAUAAACCUACCAUUAAAAUUAUAGACUGAUCAUUUCUUUGUCAGUGGGCAAACGUACAAAAUCAGCAGGGGAUCAAAUACUUUUUUCCCUCACUGUAUAUACUAUAGGGAAUAGGGUGCCAUUUGGGGUGAAGAUAUGAGAAUGUUAGAAAGGCAGCCUGUUAUGGUAUUGUGAUUAAUGAAUGUUGUCUAAGGAGUGAUGGAUGUGAUAUGUCCCAGUUACCAGGAAGUGGUGUGUUUUUUGUCUGUCUAAAGUCCUGGGUCUGUGAUAAGGGAAGGAAACCUCAAGUGCCAAAGCUCUGAAUGAAUAAAGACUAUAAACAUGUAAGCUCCACCAACAAUGAGCUAGCCCAGCAAAACCGUAAGAGUAGUAAGCUUUCUAGUGACACCAUCAGAAAUAAAAUGAUCAUAUUCAGAGAAAUUUACACCUUUUUAUUGAUAUACUACAAGAGUAAAAUUACAGUAAAAUGGUUCUCAGGAGUGGAACGUUUUAUGAAGGUAUAUCUAUCAAAUGAUUAGGAGCAGCAUGUCUUGUCUAGUGUGUCUUGAGAUUUUUCCCUGACUCAUAGUUUGUCAUUUGAAUGAGGCUCUUUUAGUCAAGUAAUACUGGAGUUAAGUCUGCGCCAGUAUUUGUCUCAGGUAGCCAGUCUAAAGAGUAGGGAUGGAUAUUAAACUAGACCGCUAGCCCGAGCCUAGUACAUUUUGAAAUGUUUUCAAAUUUCGCAUAGCACUGAUUUUAGACCAGGACUAGUAAAAAUGGUGGUGUACUAGACCGGCUGGCCAGUACCCCAAAUCCUUAAGUUCCAUGCCUGCUAAAGAGGGACACUUUUCAGUGUUCUGUUAUUGUGUUGUUUUUGUUUAUCAUUAACUACAAGAGUCUGUUUUCAUCUUUGAACAUCAUUAUAAACAGGUGAAUUCACUUCACUAUGUACAGUACAUUUUUAUAAAUUCACAAAAAUAAAAUGUAUAUUUUGCCAUACAGCAUUUCAACAAUGUGUUUUGUUAACACUGGUCCUGGUUUGACCUCCGGAUUUUGAGAAGUGUCUCGGUUGGAGUGCUAACUCUGGUCAGUACAUACUGUAAGAUCACACAGACAGGGUUCGACAAUAACUAACUACAUACAGUAGGGCUCAGCAAGUAAAAUACACUCAAUCACCAUUCACCACAUCUUAAUACUUUGCUUUGAUUUACAAAUGUAUUUUAAAAAAAUAAAAAAUAAAACAUUCCACAAUAGGGGCAUACAAGUCUCUUGAGAGGGAAAUAGUCUGAAGUCAGUCACCAUACUACAUCUUGGUGCUCUUCUCUGUUGUGUUCAAGUACAUAGUGUCGUCCGUCUGGUCCAUGUGGUCUGUCUGGUCCUUCUUCAGGCCAUCUUCAUCCUCAUUGACUGUCUUGUCUGGGAACAGCUUGUCUAG